AUGGGCAAUUUCCCGUCUGUUCAUUCGGUUCCAUCCACGGCAGUGGCACAAGAUAUCGAUCUACUCAAGAAUCUAUUUCCAAACAAAUUCAAGGUAGAAACUACAUCCACCAAAAACAAGGACGGCACGGCCACCCUCUUUGCCAAUGAUGGAAAUGUGACACUCAUCUUGGUGGCAACACCAACAACAACACCAGUCGCCACGGCCAUGGUCAUCGAGGCAAACGACUUGAAAGCCGUCAUGAAACGACAACAACAACAAACCAUGAAUGGGAAUAAUGACGUGGGGGGUAUCACCACCGACAUCCGACUGCCAGGGGGGUCCAUCUUGGUGCUGAUCACUCCUGCCAUGGUGGGAACGACAGCUGCCAGACAACGACUGGCAGAAAUUUUAACGGGACACUGCAACCCAUCCAACAAUAAUAGCAUGGAUGGUCACAGCAAGAGUAGCUCCCCACGGACCGUCAUGGGAGAGGAUUCGAUGGAGGAUACCGAAAACUUUACACUCAAUGCACGAGAGGGAGUGCCCUUUGAAACAGAUCUAUUUGCGGGAAAAGUACUGGCGUUGCUGCGACCUACCAACCCGGCACUGGACGAUCCCUAUUGGAAUGAAAAGAUUUGGAAACACAAACAGAGGCGAGUAAUUAUUCAAGUACAGGGGAAAUUCAAAGCCGCACCCAAAGGCAUUCUUUUUGCGGGAGGGGAAGUGUCGGAUCCCAUGAAGUUGGGGCUUUUGGCAAAAGGUCUCACCAGGGUACUCCUCAAAUUGCUCAAAUCCUUCUAUCCCACCAUUCACACAUCCUUUGGCGACAAGGAGGAAUUGGCACACAUUGUGGUGCCCGCCUAUCGAUUCUUUGAACGGCUGGUGGUCACCAAACCGGGAGAAACUCUACCGAAAAUGGGAGAACCUUUUGACGAAUCACCCAAAUCCAUCAAGGCACGCAAAUCUUCGCAGUCUACCGGGGAAUGGAACACCACCGACACGUACUCCAUGAGCUUUUUCUCCAUGUACAUUGACUUACCAAGCUGGUCCGUCGUCAACAUUCCCAUGUCCAACGACAUGCCGUUGAGUACCUUUUGGGGCAAGUCUUCCUUACAGAUUUGCUUUUAUGAUCGUGACGCACCCGAUGCCGUUGAAAAACAUUUACCGCAAUACAACAAUUACGGAUUUGCCGUCAACAUUCGACAUCUUGGAGCAUCCGCAGCUGCAACGAAAUCGUCGUCGCAGUCAAAGAAGUCUUCGGUUGUGGAUAGGGUUCCCAAUAGCGAUGAUGAAAAUGAUGUGGAAGACAUGACCUCUCGAGAGGAUGAUGCCAGAGGAAACAUUUUGGAUUGGACCGAAGCGCCGCUCCGGGAUCGGGAGCUCCACAACCACAGCAGCAACAACUUUAUGCCGCACAGCGAUAGCCAAAUUUUUGAUGUGGACGAACAAGAUGCGGAUGAGGUCUCCGUGUUUGACAUUAACCAAUUCUUUGAUGCCGAAGAGUACAGGGAGCCCACCGAGGAAUUGGUGGUGGACAAGACUAUUUCCGGAUCCACCGUGUCUUCCAUGCCGCCCGAAGAGCUAACCAGCGUCGACAAUCUAUGUCCCGCUUGGAUGGAGAUGCUCGUGCACAGAGGGAAUUAUGCUCGAACCUACGCAUUCAAUCUUCCAGAGUCUUCGGACACUGUCUUUCGCAAAGCCGAUUGGAUGCUCAAUCUCUAUGGCAGCAAAGGACCCAACGACUGCUUGCCUCUCUCGACUCGUUUGUCUUCCGCAGAGCAGACACGGCGGCAUUUGGGGCAACUUAUUUCAUCUAGCGUUGGAGACGCAAGCAACAAACGGAGACUGGAGACCGUCCGGACGGCGAAAACGCCGUACGAUGAUCAAUUCUUGAAGCGCAAGAAACCGUCCAUACCCGAGAAGUCCAGAGUGCAUGCCUCGUGCUUUGUUGCCCGAGCUCUCAGCGACCAUCACUGGAUAGAGGAGUGGGCCAACAUUACAGAACGAGGCGUCAACUUUUACCACCCGGAACGAAAAAAGGCAAACCACCGUGUCGGCAUCCAGAGCAUCACCAAAGUCAACAAACUGGAUUCGAACUUGUCUCCAAAGUUUCCCAACUACUCGUUCUUGUCGCUUGAAACAUUGGGCAGAACAACGUACCUGAUGUUUGCGUCGGAAACUGACCGAGACGACUGGGUGAGAGUCAUUUCAAGGCUUGCCAAGCUAGCACCCAGCGCCGUGGACUCGAUGGAGACGGAAUCUGAGGGGCAUGCUUCCACUGCUCUACUCGAGCUGCAAAACCCCAAAGACGAAUUCCUACACAAGAGCUCCCUGUGGGACUUUAAACACCGUCGCGUGCUCAACUGCAGACGAUUCUCGUUUCGUGCACGAGAGAAGGCGUCUCGACAGGAUCCCUUGUCGCUUGCUGAAGAUGCCCUUCGUAAAGCCCUGGAUCCCAGAAACGAGUCCGAUGAUGACAUUCUGGUUUCCUUCUUGGACAGUGCAGCAAAGCUGAAAGAAGCCAAUGUCCACGGGCUUGGGGAAGAGGAGCGCCUUGCGUUCUUCUUGAAUGUCUAUCACACAAUGGUGAUGCAUGCGUACUUGGUACUGGGUACACCGGCAUCCAGUUUUCAAUGGAUUUCAUACUUCAACAGUAUUUCCUACCAAUGCUCCGAUGAUAUCUUCUCCCUCGCCGAAUUAGAGCACUGUAUAUUACGGUCUCCUAUGUCCUACCCCACCCAGUUCCUGUCGAGGUUUGCUAUUCCCAAGUCUUCCUACUCAUUUGCACUCACCAGGAGUGACUAUCGGAUCAACUUUGGCCUCAAUUGCGGAUCCAUGAGCAACCCGAAAUGUGUUCCAGUUUUCAAGGUGACAUCCCUCAAUCAACAGUUGAAUGAUGUGUCACGUCUCUAUCUUGCCGCUGCUGUGAAGGUCAAGAAGCGAAGCAAUCGAGAUGUUGAAGUGUGCUUGCCGCGAAUAUGCUUGUGGUUUGCGGAUGAUUUUGGGUCCAGCAACACUGACGUCUUGAGGAGGGUAACUCCGUUCUUGACCACGGACGUGCAGGACUUUCUCAAGUCGAUUGAAGCAGGCAAAAGGGGGAAGUGUCACGUCUCUGUCAAGUAUCUCAAUUACAGUUUUGAAUGCCGAAAGUUGACGUUGACGCCUGAUGCUGGGAGCUGUUCGUGA